AUGAAGGAGAUCUUCAUUAUUACCCAAGACAAAACCUAUAAACCUGAAACUGAUGAGGACACCAAGUCCACAUUAACACCCGAGAAGCUGAACUUUACUGAAGAAGGGGAACCUGAGGUGAACCCUAGUGAGAUGCAGUUCACUGAGGUCGGGGUGGUGAAAAGCGAGAACGGCGGAGAUGAUGGGAGCCAGCAGGCCUCAGUGGAGACACAUCCCGAGUUUGAACACCCCGAGGGCGGCUGGGGCUGGGUGGUCAUGCUCGCCUCCAUGUGGUGCAUUGGGUCAGUGUUUGGAAUCCAAAACACCUUCGGGAUCUUAUUCGUGUCCCUGCUGAAGGAGUUCGGCUCUGAGGACGAUGAAGACCUGCGCUUCAGGACAGCAUGGGUGGGCUCUCUGUCCAUGGGGAUGGUACAUUUCUGCUCUCCAGUCGUCAGUGUGUUUACAGAUGUGUUCGGCUGCAGGAUCACGGCAGUUGUUGGGGCUGUGGUUGGGCUUGUUGGCCUCUUUGCCAGUUCAUUUGUUCAGUCUCUGGGUGCUAUAUACUUCACAUACAGCGUGGUAUUUGCAUGUGGCUGUUCGUUCGCAUAUCAGCCGAGCCUCAUCAUCCUUGGACAUUACUUUAAGAAGCGUUUGGGUUUGGUGAAUGGUGUCGUGAUGGCAGGGAGCAGCAUCUUUACCGUGUCUCUGUCCCUCUUACUUCCAUCUCUGCUGGAGAGCCUCGGCCUGCACAACACCCUCCGUGUCCUCUCCAUCCUCAUGUUCGUGCUCGUGCUGGCUGGAUUCACCUACAAGCCCCGCCUCCCUCAAAGGCUGGAGUCAAAGAAAGUCUCGUUAAAGAGGAUCUGUAACGUCCAGAUCUGGAGGAAUCUGAGUUACAGGAUCUGGGCCUUCGGAAUUCCAGGCGCACUGUUUGGAUACUACGUCCCCUAUGUCCACCUGAUGGAGUAUGUAGAAUGGCAUUUUCCCAGUGCGAAUCAGGCGGUGUUACUGGUCUGUCUCAGUGCUGCAUCCUGUGUGGGACGUCUCAUCUUUGGCCGUGUGGCUGACUACAUCCCUGGAGGGUAUAAAGUCUUAAUGCAGGCGAUAUCCGUCAUGGUGAUCGGCGUGAUGACGAUGCUGAUCCCGGUGUGUAACGUGUUCGGCGGUCUGAUCGCUGUGUGUCUGCUGAUGGGACUGUCUGAUGGCUGUUUCUUCAGCACCAUGGCUCCCAUCGCCUUCGAGCUCGUCGGCUCUGAGAAAGCCUCUCAGGCCCUCGGCUUUGUGCUGGGCAUGACGGCUGUGCCCAUGACUGUGGGUCCUCCUAUUGCAGGGAUUCUCCAUGAUCGCCUGGGCAGUUAUCACUUGGCCUUCUACCUGGCGGGAAUCCCUGCUCUGAUUGGAGGAGCUGUGUUGUGUGUGGUCCCAGGGUUGGAGUGGAGGAAGAGGAGGAAUAAGAGGAAGAAUGAAACAAACAACAGUACAGCACAGGGAUAAAGAGAUGAACGACCUCCUUAUAUACACAGUGCAUCUAAAAAAAAAAAAAAAAGAUGGAAAGCUCGGCUAGAAAGGAGUCAGAACACACAGCGCAUUCCAGUUUGUUGUGUAUGGAGCUGCGUGUACUCCACCUAAAGCUCCUAUAAUGGGAAUGUGAGCAUCAAAACUGGACUACAGAUCAGUGGAGAAAAAGGUGGCCUGGUGGUGAAUCUUUUUUUCUUUUACAUCAUGUAGAUGUCUGAGUGUGUGUCACUUACCUGGGGAAAAGAUGACACAAGGACAUGCACUACGGGAAGACAUUUGGGUACUUGCUGAUGAGUACCGAUACAAGAACUUAACCUCAACAUUACAGUUUUAAGAAAGACUUUCACAAAAAGUUUGAUUUUUAUUAAGUGUAUUUUAAGGCCAUAAGGCCAUAUUAUCUGGAGAUCAUGAUUUCAAACCCCAUACAGCUGUCUGUGGAUGGGAGUCUAGAGAGCAGACUGGGUUUUAUUAUUGACAAUUGGUUUUGGGUGUGUGAGAGAGAAAGUAUGCGUGUGUAUGCAUGCGUGUAACAGAGGGUUAACAAGUAUAGAUUUAACAAUCUGGGGCUUAAAACUCAUGUGUGACCCACCUGUAUCAGUUCAACCACCUACACUAAUGCUUUUAGUAAAGAUCAAUUCAUUUUACUGUAGAAUUUACUGUAACUGCUAUUAAGGAAUUCAUUAAUGAGUAUCUAGAGUAUAGAUAAUCUAGUCAAGUUAUCAGGUUGUAACAUUGUUAAAUCAAAUGGAAC